CGUUACGCUAUCACUUCCGGUUUAUCAAACGUGCAGAACUACCUUAACAUGAUUAUCUGUGAUACAAACAUAUUAUUAUGAUUAUUAUUACUAUUAUUAUUAUUAUUAAGUCAUGUUUCAGAAGUUGGAUCGUGAGCUAACCAUAAAAGAUGAGAUGGGAAAGUCGUUGAUUGCUUUGAACGUUUGUGCCAUGGCAAUAAAAUACUUGAUUGAAGACAUGAUGAGGAACGUAACUGAUAGAGUAACGUCGUGUAUUGAGAUAAAAGACGUUCACUGGGUACUGACUGUUCCAGCAAUUUGGACUGACGCUGCUAAGCAAUUUAUGAGAGAAGCCGCGGUAGAGGCUGGGCUUUCUACGGGCAACUUGACAAUUGCUUUGGAGCCGGAAGCUGCCUCGAUAUUCUGUCGCCAUUUGUCCGUUGAUACAGCAGUUUGUGGCGGAGACAUCUCCAUAGCAAAAAUGCUUGCUGGUACUAAAUACAUGGUUCUUGGCGCGGGAGGUGGAACAAUUGAUAUAACAGUGCACGAAGUUGUCAGCGAAAACAGCGUAAAAGAAAUUCAGGCAGCUAGUGGAGGUGGUUGGGGAGGGAUUCUGGUUGACGAAGCCUUUGAAAAUCUACUCAUUGAUCUUGUUGGGAAAAAAGCCUACGACACAUUCAAACGCACAGAAACGGAAGAUUGGUUGGAUCUUUGGCGUGAUUUUGAAGUGAAAAAGCGGGCCAUUUCGCCAGAAAAGAGCGCUCGCGUUAACAUGAAAUUCCCACUUUCGUUCGGCAACACGUUUGAGAAUAUUACCAAAACGAAUCUGUUGGAUGCAAUCGAAUGUUCAAAAUAUUCUGAAGAUAUUCAGUUUUGUGGGGACAAAAUCAAAUUUUCUGCCAGUCUGUUCAAGAACUUUUUCGAACUUUCGGUACAAAAAAACUCUCGAUCAUGUGAAGUCGUUGUUAAGAGAUGAAGAUGCUAGAAAAGUUAAAGCUAUUUUGAUGGUCGGUGGUUAUUAAGAAUCCCCGAUGCUUCAGCACGCAAUCAAAGACGCGUUCCCUGGAAUAGACACUGUCAUCCCGCUUGGCGCGUCUUCUACUAUACUGAGAGGGGCGCUAGUUUAUGGUCAUAGCCCGACAUCUAUACAAGAGAGAGUUUUGAAAUAUACCUACGGAGUUGAAGUUGCCGAGAAGUUCAAAGAGGGGAUUGAUCCAGAACAUCUUAAGCUUACCACUGCAAAAGGGAAAAGAUGCUGGGUAUUUAGCAAACAUGUUGAAAGAGGUCAGAUCGUAAAAUGCAAUGAACCGCACGUGGAGAAAAGUUACAAAACGGCUCACAAUUUCCAACGCCGGAUAACAUUUCGUAUUUUCGCCACCGAACUGACGAACGUUAGGUAUACAGACGAAUGUAUUUACACAUUGGGAAAGUCACACUUAAGUUCUAUGAACCAGAGGAGUUACCAGGAAGAGGUGUUGUUGUCUCUAUGACAUUCAGUGGUACAUAAAUAGUCGUCAAAGCUGUCGAUGAGACAACAGGCAAGGAAACAAGUGUUUGCACCAACUUUCUUGGAUAGAAACUUUUAAAGAUUCGUGAUCGAGGCGCACGACUUUUUUUAGCAGAUUGCGUAAUGUUCAUUGUAUCUAUUAUUUGUUGUUUAAAACUGUGGGCUAAAACUAUUCAAAUGAACUAUUUACUCGGAUCCUUUUAGGUAACUCUUGAAAUAGGGAAUUAGGGAAAUGUUUCUUUUUGUACCUUGUUGAAUGACAGACGUAUAAAUAUUCGUUUGUGAGUAACUUUUUCUGUUUAAUGUACAUUUUUUGUAUCUAUCUUACCUAAAUGUAACGUGCUAUGAAUGCAUCAUAUUGUCGGGAGAUGAAGUGAGUUUCCGGUCUGAAGAUAAGCCUUUAGGUUCGAAGGUUUUAGUGUUUCUGAUUUUGCUUUGUCUUAAUCAUGGCUGUUUUAGCUAUUUUAAGUGUUCGACGAAAAAGAGUUGAAUGUAAUACCUCUUGUAUAAUAGACAAAUAAAGCAGCUUUGCUAUAUAACAUCUAUAUAUUCUUUAACUCUCUCACUAUAGAAAUCCAGAAUCCCGGAAAGGUUAUAUAGUUAAUUGAGUAUGGUCGGCACAGACAUAUUGAACGGCAAAAAUAGUUUGAACUUUGGGACAAAAGUUAAGUUUCAUUUAGUGAUUUAAUGUGAAGAAUUUAAAGUACUGACCAAAUUUGCAGAUAUGCAGAAAUCCAGUAGUUUACAAGAUAUCUGUAUAUUUAAUUAAAGCGUCCAAACAUAUAGGUACACACUUC